UUUGUUCCCCGGAUGUCGCACCGUCCAACUGAGACGCUUGACGACACGCGCAGACCUCCAGGCAGACGCGGCGGCGACAAUCACGAACUCAGAACGCGCGGCACGGCCACGGACGUCUGUGAAGUCAGUGUCCCGCUGUGUACCUGAACGUAGCCAACCCCGCGCGCUCUCUCGGACAUAACCGAUACACGGACACGCGCAGCGGAGAGGCGGAAAAUUAUGGCGACGUUGGGACCGGAGUCGGCUCGCCCCCCUCUGGGUUCUUCUCCGUUAGUCCAGGCUCACAUCGGCAGCGCCAACCUGCCUCCCAACCGGGGCUUGGAGCGGGCGCUGGAGGAGGCGGCGGCCAGCGGCGUCCUCAACCUCAGCUGCCGAAAACUGAAGGAGUUUCCCCGGACAGCAGCCAACCACGACCUGUCGGACACGGUGGAAGCAGACCUGUCAAAAAACCGACUAACCGACGUCCCCUCAGAGGUAUGCCAUCUGGUUGCCUUGGAAACACUAAACUUGUACCACAACUGCAUCAGAUCCAUCCCAGACAGCAUCAUCAGCCUGCAGUCGCUCACCUCCUUAAACCUCAGUCGUAACCAGCUGGGCUCCCUGCCGGCCUGCCUGUGCGGUUUACCUCUGAGAGUCCUCAAUGCCAGCAACAACAAGCUGGUCAGCCUGCCCGAGACCAUUGGACAACUGCAGAGCCUCAUGGAGCUGGACAUCAGCUGCAACGAGAUCACAGCUCUUCCUCGUCACAUCGGCAGACUCAAAGCUCUGCGCGAGCUAAACGUGCGCCGAAACCUUCUCUGCGUCCUGCCAGAAGACCUGGCUGCUCUUCCUCUGGUGAAGUUCGAUUUCUCCUGUAACAAAGUGUCCACCAUCCCAGUGUGUUACAGGAAGAUGAAACAGCUCCAGACUCUCCAGUUAGAAAACAAUCCACUGCAGAGUCCACCCGCACAGAUCUGUAUAAAGGGCAAAGUUCACAUAUUCAAGUAUCUGAGCAUUGAGGCGUGUCGCAGCGAGAAGAUGCCUGACUCUCUCUACCUGCCUGUCAUGGGGCGAAUCAACUUAUCAAGGCCCACCACUGGCAGUGUGGAAGACAUGGAGCAGCAGAAGAAGCAGGACAGUGACUCAGGAGUCGGCAGCGACAACGGAGACAAGAGACUGUCUGCUACUGAGCCAUCAGAUGAAGACAGUCUGAGCCUUAAUGUGCCAAUGAGUCACAUCACAGAGGAGGGAAUCGGCAAAGACGACUCGAGUGAACACAUCAGCUCUCUGACAGCAGACCCAAACUCUGACUCGGUGCAACUGAUUGAGGAGAGCCCUACGGAAGCCCUGAGAGACCAGAACAGAGACUCUUCUCUCAGCACUCGCUUCAUCAACUACAUCAAGGGUAGGACGGCAGCAGACUUCGACGAGCCCCUCAGGAUAGAAGAAGACUCUCACUGGUCAACAGAACAAACGUCAAAAGUCACAGGGGGCACAGAGCUCCACAUCGACAUGAUCAACCAGCUAAAAGAGGCUGUGGAACUGCUGCAGGACCCCAGCAGGGUGAACACAGAGGAAGAUUUGUCUGGAGUCCAGCUCUAUCCAGUGGAGAUGGUCACAGUGGACGAGUCACUCAACGGGCAGGACAGUGAUGACGGCGCCAUAACACCAAAGCGAAAUGACAGAUCUCCAGUGAGCGGACCUCCAUCCUUCUCCAGCCCACCCUUUGGACUGAAACCUCGUUCGGCUCCACCCUCGCUGCCCUGCUCGCCCCCGCCUUCCUGUCUCGACCCCUCCCUCCUCCCACAGGCCUCGCCCCUCCAUAGAGAUACACCUCGUAGCCAUGACGACGGAGGCAAUCACAGCCGGGUGUUCCUGCGGAGCCACAAGAGCCUGGAGUCUGUGGAUCCUCAGUUCACCAUGAGAAGAAAGAUGGAGCAGCUGCGGGAGGAACUGGAGCUCAUGGAGCAGCUGAGAGAUAGCAUCGAGAGCAGACUGAAGGUCGUCCUUCCUGAAGACCUUGGUUCGUCUCUGAUGGACGGCGUCGUGCUCUGCCAUCUGGCCAAUCACAUUCGCCCGCGCUCUGUCGCCAGCAUCCACGUCCCCUCACCUGCAGUGCCCAAACUCAGCAUGGCCAAGUGUCGGAGGAAUGUGGAGAACUUUCUGGAUGCCUGUAGAAAAAUAGGCGUACCAGAGGACAAACUGUGUCUUCCUCACCACAUCCUGGAGGAGAAAGGCCUGGUCAAAGUGUGCAUCACGGUGCAGGCUCUGGUGGAUGAAGCCUCCCCCAGACACUCUGCCCUGACGUGAGCAGCAAAGAUGGGCGGAGCUUCAACUGACUGACACGUACCACAGACACACACCCAGAUGAAAUCGCUCAUGUGAUUUCACACAACGCUAAAAAAAGCCUCCGAUCCUUCAUGAGCUUAAGUAACAGAGUGGUUUUUUUUUUUGUUGUUGUUUUUGUUUUUUAAAAUAGUAUUCAAGGAUAAAAAAUGGUGUUAAGGGAACUAAACCCAUCAGAAGUGUAUUAUCUACUAAUUCAUAAGAGGACAGUUUUUUGGACAAUUAAGAUUUUACCAUCAUGCCAAGCCAAGGGUGUGCUAGAAAACUCAAAUUAUCUUUGUUUUUUGUUUGUUUGUUUUAUGUCAUCUUCUUACACUGGUUGGUACCAAACUUAUGAACCACGAAGACCACUGUGACAGAAAGUGAGAUUGGAUUUUGAGAGUAGAACCAGAAAAGUUUGGGGAAAAUAUCACAAAUAACGUGAGAGAAAAGGCUCAAAGUUUAGAAAGUGUCAUAAUAAAUUAUACAAAAUAUAGAUUUAUUCUUUUGAAAUAAUAAUUUUAAUCUUAAAUCUGCAAUUUGGGGAGGAGGGGGUUUUAUAAUUCUUCCAUUCAAUUAUUUACCUCAAUUUUUUUUUUCUAUACAACUUAAUUGGUAUAUUCUUUUUUUAAAAAAUGCAUAUUUGUUCUCAAAAUCAAUGUUUUCGUUCUCUGACUGUGGCUCUGGUAAUGUGUUGUUUUAAAUCCACGAUUGAACUCUAAAUUGCGAGCGGAUUGGCUGGAGCCAAAGCCUUUAGCGUACUGCAGUCACACCAACUUCACCAGAUUAUAUCAUGCUGUCUAUGCACACGUUAACAAAUGAUUUUUAUUAAAUUAUCAGUUAUGUUUCUACAGAUUUUUUUUCCUACUGAGGUUUCUGGUGAAGUGUUUUUGGACUGUGUGAGUAAUUAGUGUGUUGCUCUCACUACCCUGAAAAGAAUAAAACCAAAAUACUUAAUCUUAGUCUUAAUGUAGAGGGAGUCGGCUUUUACCUGCAGUUUGUAUUUAAACACGAAACUAUUUAUAAUAUAAAGAGAUGCAGAGAAAAUCCGCUUGAGUUGUUGUAUACAGUCAAAAAGAAAGAAGGCCAAAAUAUUUUUCUCUAAUAUAUUUUAGGUAUAACUGUAUGUGUUUUAUACAUUUUUAGUAGUAUGACUUGUGGAGCUGUCUGCUCGUCCAUGAGGCAGGUCUGAGUGUGCGUUAGUCUGAGGACACUAAUCUGUGUUUCUCAAGCUUCUGAUGGAUUAAAGUCCAGGUGAUUAUUUUCUUACCCUCCAUCCUUUUACAUGUGUUGGUAGUCAGUGCUCACAUAAGGAACCUGGAAACGUUUUCAGACUUGGUCCGUGAAGCUACUACUUAUUGUGGUAUUUGUCAUGAGAUGCAGUUUGCUAAUGUGCCAAAACAUGUGGUGGUAGUGGAACAAAUGAACAAACAAAAGCAAAAACCAGUCAGUGUUUCAAGGGAACAUUAUGCAUCACUGUGGUCAUGGAUGGAUUACUGAACAGGCCUACAGGCACAGUUACAGGGACCCACGGUCAGGGUGGCCCAGCUCAGAGCCCCAAUUUGAAGGGACCCGCUAAUUUCAUCUGGAACAUUAAAAAGAAAAAGAAAACACAGACCCAGGGUGACUACAAAGAGAUAAAAAUCAGCUACAAAAGGUCACAAAACAACCAACCAAAAUUGGUAAUAACAGUGACUCACCAUAACUACAAAGAGACAAAAAAAGAAUGCAAAGAAACAAAACCAAAAGUACCCACAAAAAGAUAAAAAACUGACUCCUCAUAACUACAGAGAGACAAAAGACAACUACAAAGAGACAUGACUACAACCAGACAAAACAAAAACUACCCGCAAAGAGACACAAAACAGACUCAACAUGACUACAAAGAGACACAAAAUAACUAAGAAUCUGCAUCUGUAGAGACAGAUAAUAAAAAAGAGAAGGAAAAACAACAGAUGGUCACACCACAACAACAAAGAGACAGAAACUAACCACAAACAAACAAACAAGCUUUAUUUGUUACAUACACAAUACAUACAGAGUACGACAUGCAGUGAAAUGUUUUGUGUCCGAGCUGCGAACAGGCUGCAGACGUAGCCACGCCAUUGCAGGGCUUGGUUUUUUAGCAUGGGCGGUCUAGCCAGGACCCUUACUGUAUACACAACAAGUGACUACAAAGAAACUGCAAAAAACACCACAGAGAAACAUUGCACUAAUACACACAAAACGACUUCAAGAGACAAAAAAUAGACAACAUCCAUGAGGACAAACAAACUGACCAAAAAAAACCCCCAUUAUACUGUAAUAGACUAGAGGCUCUGGAUGAUGUCAUUGUCCACUGUAGAAGGGGUCUGUGCCCGGGGGCCUGUUGUUGAGUAAUAUGUCUAUGUCUGAGCUUCAGGCCUCAUAGACCACCUGAAACUGUAUGUGACUUUUAUAUUUCAGAUGAAGUUGUGUGAAGAUGAGAUUUUCAUGUAGCCAUCGCCCUGGCUCAGACAGUCUCAGCUUGUUAAGACUCAGUACCAUUUUUUUUAAACUCUUAAAACACUAUGUUAAAAAAAAACAUCCCUAGGUUUAAAAACUUGAGUCUAAUGAGGUUUUUGCUGCUUAGCAGUCAAUUUGAAGAUGUUAAAAUGAAAUGCUCCUCUGCUGAACAGUUGAGCACAUGAGGGGCUCGUGAGUGAACUGGUUCUACCCUCUGAGGUUUAGGCCAGAGCUGUUGGUGUGUGAGAUCAGAGACUGUGUGACUCAGGGUAGGUUUGGGUUUACUACACUGUUGGCCCUUCAUUCCACAGCCUGCUACGUCAACAGUAUCAGUGUGUGUGUGGGGGUAUGAGUGCGUGUGAAAUCAAGGCAGUUGCUGGUUGGUCUUUUGAAACAUGUGGUUGUGCAGACCUGGCUCAGACUGGGAUUUUAAAGGGGUAGUAGGAAGUAUUAUUUUGAAUAACAUUAUUAUAGACUUUGAUCAUGCAUUUAUACACAACAGUUAUGUUGUACUGUUUGGCAGAUUUACUUGUCAGACAAGUGCUGGACUUGUUUCUGAAACUAAGGUUUAUGCUAUGAAGCAAAUUUAACAAAGCUACUUUUCCUUUGCAUUAGCUGGCUCGGCAAAACCUGAAACCACAGUCAUCACAUAUCACAACACUGGUUAUCGGCGUCCUGGGUUAACACAGGCGUUCUGCUUCAGGCUCCGGGUGUGCUAGCAUAAAAGUGAAUGUGGGACGCCUGAUUUGACUGUUUUUAUUCCCAAAAUAAACCAACCAUGUACUGCCUACUGCAGUCUUAUCCAGGAAUGUACAGGAUAUAAAAUAAAUGACCAGUUAGUUAUAUGUUUAGCAUAAGUUACCAUGGUCAUUAGACCAGAUUUUUAAAAAGGGCUGCACUUGAGACAUUCGCUAACCCAUCAAUUUGGCUUUGUAGUGCACAGCCUACAAACCAGUUAGUCUGUUUAUCAAGUAUUUAUACUAUUGGAUAGAAUGAAGAAAUGUAGGAGAGGGGUUCACCUUCUGAGAUUCAUUCCAGGCAGAAAACUCCAAAUCUGUCUUUCCUCAGUCUUAGUCCAGGUGAAAAAUAUAUAUUUCACACCUCCAAGGUAAGAAGUGAAGACUGAGCAGUAACACUGACAAAGGCUUGGUUUAAAAAAAAUAAAAGGCUGGACUAUAGCAGUGCAGAAAGGUUGAACUGCCAAAACGAUGUUUUAUCACAAAUCUUCUUACUGCCCCUUUAAAACAAGCAUUACAUUAUGUUUUCCUCCUAAAUGCCAGAAUGUCACCACAUGAAGCAUCUAACACUCUUGAAACAGUGGGCUUGUAUGAAUGAGGGAUUACAUUUUUUUUGUUUUUUGUUUUAAAUUGUUUGUUGUUGUUUUUUCCUGUGCAGCUUGGAAUCCAAAGCUUGAGCUACUUAAAGAUUCAGCAGUAAUUAGAAAGAACUCCAUAAUAAAUAGAUAAAUGCUUCCACUGGAUAGAUUUGACAGUUGCCAAAACAAACCCUUUUCUCUCCUGUGAUAAAACAUAAAGGAUUUAAUGUAAAUGUGCUGUAUGCCUGUGUACAUAUUAUUUAUCACAAGGAUUUUCUAUUGUUGAAUUUGUUUGUUCAUGUACUGUAUAUUUCACCAUGAAACACUCACAUUAGCAAAUAAAAAGCUCAAUGUUUUUUUUAACCUAGAGAUUACAUUUGUUAAAACAAAAACAGACCAUAAUUCUUCCAUCAAUAAAUCCAUUUUUCUGCCACUUGUCUGUGCCACAGGGGCAGCGGUCUAAGGUGAGGGGGGACCGAGGGGUUCCCAGGCCAGUCAAAAGACACGAUCUCUUAUUUUAGUCCGAUGUCCUAAUCAUCUCAGCUGGUUUAUUUAGACUGCCGGGGGAAAAAUUACUCAGAGAGUUUCUGAUUGACUGAGUUAUGUGUUUAAGGGAGAGCUCAGACAUCCAUCAGAGGAACCUCAUUUCUGCUGCUUGUAUCAAUGUUGUUCCUUCAGUUGCUGCCCUGAGUUCAUGAACAGGGUAAGAAUGUAAUCAUUCGUCCCUAGAAUGAGUUUUAGCAACUGUGGAUCAGGGUGCCACUUCCCCUACUGUUCACUUUCAACCAGCCCACAAAGUACUGAAUGGGGUGCCACCCCCUACUGGGAGUGCCAUCACUACUGGGGCCCCUACUGCGGCUACGGCCCCUGAACCCCUCUCUCAGGUGAGUUAAUUGGUCUGAUGGCUUCUUCUUCGUAGGGGUGUUUUGAAUCAUUCUUAGCCUGUCCCCCUCACCCAGGACCAAUUUGCCUUGGGAUGACCCUACCAUUGCUCCUGGGAUCACGCAGGCAUGCAUACCCCUCCACUCCGCAAUAAGUUGUUGAUUCAUGCAGGGAAACAUACUUAUUACAUUCUUAAUAACAAUGUAAUAAAUAUUAAAUAUAACACAGUACAGUGAGAAAACUACCACUAUGAGGAUUAGCAUGUCGGCUUUAGCUGUGACAUAAGUGACAGAGCCGGAUGAUUCCAGCGUGCUUAUUUUGAAUCUGUAUCUGCAUUUCUUCACAUAAUCAUGCCAUUUUCCACAGAUCUGUGCACAUCAUGUCACAGCGUUUUGGGAAAAAGCAAUAAAACCAAACUGGCUGCUUCCCCAACAGAAUCUGCACUUUAAACUUGUAUUUAUAUCUUUGUUUUGGCAACUGAGCAAAUCUGAAGUCACCUUUGAAAAUGAGAUGGAGAGUUAAAGGGCCAGUGUGGGGGGUGUUUACUGGGAGCUAUAAGUAGAAAUGUAAUAUUUACUUGUGUUAUUAUAGGUGUGUAAUCACCAUCAAGUGUGAGAUCAGAAGGAACAAACCAAACACUGUCUCUUAAGAGGGCUAAAGAGUGGCGAUGCCACUAAAUCCUACACACUGAUCCUUUAAGGUUCCAAACGUGACGCUGUUGUAAAAUAUGUAAAUGUGUGCCUGCUGAACCUAAAGCAGUGUUUUUUUUGUUUUAAGGUUUCAUCUUUUGUACAAAUCUAUUGUCCAGAAACAGCCUGUACUCACAUUUUUGUACUUUGACUGGGAGCACAUUUAUUUUUUAUGUGACUUAUUUUCAGGUUUGUUGAAAUGUGGAUGUAAUAUACCCUUUUGUAACGCUUUGUGAACCUUUGUGUAAUUUUUGUUGUACAGCAACUCAAAAUCUACAUGCAUGAAUAGUCCCUGUAACGUCGCCUUAACUGCUGUGAAUACUGUAUAUACUGUACUGUAUUUCACUUUAUCAGUAAAGACCUCACCUGAAACAAAA